AUGGGUGCUCUCGUUGAUGCUAGAGAGAUCAAUGGAUCCGACCUGAUCGCUGCCCUCCGCCUUUCUCAGCAGGCGCCUGGGCUCCUAGGCAAUGGUUCUAAGAAAAACACAACCCCUUCAUCGUCAUCGACAGGGACCGCAGAGGAAUAUGGACAGAUCGAACAACUGUUCCUUGCCUGUCUACGGACUGGCGAUGAUCAAUCUGCUCAGGCUUGUCUCGAUCGUUUAAGUCUCCGGUUUGGUCCGUCCAAUGAGAGGGUGAUGGGACUCCAGGGUUUAUAUCAGGAGGCGACGGCCAAGGAUCGCUCUGCACUGGAGAAAUGCUUGAAAGGAUACGAGAAUAUUCUUAGCGAGAACCCGGUUAAUGUGCCCAUUCUUAAACGUCGUGUCGCUUUAUUACGCUCCCUGAACCGAACCUCUGAUGCGAUCGCCGCCCUCAUCCAAUUUCUUGAUGCCAUACCCACCGAUGCUGAGGCAUGGUGUGAGCUAGCAGACCUCUACCAGGCUGAGGGACUUGGCGCCCAGGCCAUCUUCAGUCUUGAGGAGGCACUCUUGAUUGCUCCCAAUGCAUGGAAUAUUCAUGCCCGACUCGGGGAAAUACUCUACGUCGGUGCCUCGGCUCCUGAUGGAGCUCGGCUUGCAGGCAAGUCGGUUCAACAUUUUUGUCGAAGCAUCGAACUCUGUGAUGAUUAUUUGCGAGGUUUCUACGGCCUGGCAUUGGCCUCCUCCCGCUUGUUAAACACUGGCUAUGAGAGUCCGUCGGACUCGACGGCACCUUCGAAACAGACCGCUGAGCGGCUGUACCGCUUCGCCCUCCAAAGAUUGCGGGACAUUGUCCAGUCCCGGGCUGUUGACGAUCAACAUUGGGCAUCUAGCCGCAGUGAACUCAUUGCGGCCCAGGCGUUACUAAAUCGGUUUGAGCAAACCCCAUGA